AUUCAUCUGUUUGUUGGUGAAAAAAUAGUAGCAUGAAAGCGUUGGGUCUUCUAUUGGCCAUUAUUCUGGUCGGAUCCUGUGCAUCCCUCGACUGGUGGGAGCACGGAAAUUUCUACCAAGUUUAUCCACGUUCGUUUAAGGAUUCCGAUGGUGAUGGUAUUGGAGAUCUUGAUGGCAUCACCCAGAAUCUCGCUUAUCUCAAGGAAAUCGGAAUGGACGGCGUUUGGCUUUCACCGAUAUUUAAAUCCCCAAUGCGUGACUUUGGGUACGAUAUUUCCAGCUUCUACGAAAUACAACCGGAGUACGGCGAUUUGAAUUCAUUCCAGCGAUUGGCGAACAAAGCCAAGGAACUUGGUUUGCGAUUGAUUCUUGAUUUUGUACCGAACCACACCAGUGAUUUGCAUGAGCACUUCAAUCUUUCGGUACAUCGAGUUGAACCGUACACAAACUACUACAUUUGGCAUCCGGGUGUGGAAGGACCGAACGGGACUCGUGUUCCGCCAUCCAACUGGAUUAGCGUAUUUCGUGGUUCCGCCUGGGAGUGGAACGACAUCCGCAAAGAAUUCUAUCUGCAUCAAUUUUUGAAGGAACAACCGGACCUGAAUUAUCGCAACCCAGCAGUAGUGGAAGAAAUGAAGAAAGUUCUCCGCUUCUGGUUGGAUCGAGGAGUCGGUGGUUUCCGAGUCGAUGCUGUAGCUUAUAUGUUCGAAAGUGCGGAAGUGAACGGUCGCUACCGUGAUGAACCCCUGAGCAGGGCUACCGAUGAUCCAGAAAAUCCUGCUUAUCUCAUCCACAGCGAAACUUUCGAUCAACCGGAAACCUACAACAUAAUCUACCAAUGGCAUUCCUUGCUAGAGGAAUACAGUGCCCGGGACAACAACACUCGUAUCAUGAUGACUGAAGCCUAUACCAGUCUCCCUAAAGUUAUCGAAUUCUUUGGGAACAAAACUGCCGAUGGGGCUCAGAUUCCUUUCAACUUCCAGUUGAUUACGAACUUGAAUCAGAACAGCUCGGCAGCGGAUUUCGCUAAAUACGUAAACAUUUGGUUGAAAGCUCUUCCAAAAGGACGGCGUUCGAAUUGGGUACUUGGAAAUCACGACAAUGGUCGAAUCGGAUCCCGACUCGGCAAAAACAAAAUCGAUUUGUAUAAUAUAGCAUUGCAAACUCUUCCGGAUAUUGCUGUCACCUACUAUGGUGAAGAAAUCGGUAUGCUGGACCAGUGGAUUUCUUGGGAAAAGAGUAUUGACCCAGCUGGAUGCCAAUCAUCCCCGGAAACCUACACACAGUACUCUCGCGAUCCAGUUCGAACUCCUAUGCAAUGGAACAGCAGGAAAAACGCCGGAUUCUCCCAAGCUGCUCAAACCUGGCUGCCAGCGGCCGACAACUACAAACGUCUUAACGUAUUCCAGCAAAGCCAUGCUAAGAAGAGUCAUUUGAAGAUUUUCAAGCAACUCACCAAGUUCCGCAAGGGUCCAAUUUUGUCGCAUGGUGAUUUCCAAAUGCGCCUAAUCAACAAGCAGCUGGUGGCAUACAAACGAAACCUGGCCGGAGUUGGAUACGCUAUUACAGUACUCAACUUUGCUAGAUAUCCUCAGCAUUUGAACCUGACCGGCGCGUUUGAAGGACUUCCCCGUCGUAUGAAGGUGGAAAUUUCCUCGCUGCAAAUUCCAACCCCGGAUGGUUCUAUGGUUAGUCCCCACCACUACAGGCUGGCAGGAGAGAGCGGAAUUGUUCUUGUGCAUGAAUAUCCGAAGAAAAAAGUUGCAGGUCGCCAUAAUUGAACGUUGAAGCAAGGCUAGUGUUUGGGAAUCAAAAGGACCGCAUGUAAUUUAAAACAAAAUACAAACUUUAACCGCAUCAGAAUAAUAGCAAUCAAAAUUUUUUACGAUUUUUAUUGCCGAUGAAAAGGUUUAAACAUUAUUGGAUUUAAUACUUAUUGUAAGAUCAUUAUUUCAUACUUAAUUUUAAGAACAUCAUCCUGCAUACCAAUUGUUUGGCCGCUAAAUUCUAUUUUUGCUUUUUGUUGUUUACAGUGCCACCCUUCUUCUUCUUCAGUUUGCUAUUUACAAUCGACUAGUAUUCUUUAAUCGGUAGCUCCGGGGUAUCAGUCGCAUUCCACUCUUUAGCAACCACGGUGACGCCAUUAUCGUUGUCCCAUUUAAUGUUUGAUUGAACAUGAAUGAUGACAGCCUGCCGAAUCGGGCCAUCAAGGGGUAUCAGUCUCAUAUUGCUCCAGAAAUGGCAGAAAUCUCGUCUGAAGGCACUCCAUUUUAUAAAUUUCCUGUUCUUGGUUUUCGCGAGUUACGAAAGCGUCACUUUUUGAUUUAGCGGACCUAUUGACUUCUCGAGCGAGGAUAUUCCACGUGGUUUGAUAAUUGGCAUCGUACCUUCUAGUCAUAUCCCGGAUGGAGAUGCCAGUAUUGGACUUAACGCACCCGAAUAUCUGCCCCCUCAGCUUUUGGUCUCUAGGUCCGGUUCUCUUAAAAGUUCUUUGGCGCUUUUUCACACCUAUAGGUUCUCCUUAUAACCUUUUAGAACAUUAUACACAAUUGAUUUUGGAAUUUUUAGCACUUUCGCCUACUUUGAUCCAGACUCUGGAUUUUCCAGGUGUUUGUGAAAGAUUUUUUUUACGUCGUUCGAGUUCCAUUCUGUACUGUACUGUUCUGUACGCAACGUGCUGGAAUAUUUUGUUGAAACUUACACCAGUUGUUAUUCAUAGACUUGUAAACAAUGUUAGAUCGAAUGGUUCCAGUUCCUAUUCCUACUACCAGGGGCUUGCUGAUGAUGCACGAGAUGCGUCCAAAUUUACUUUUAGCCACUUACUUUUAAUCAAAGAGAGUUGAUAAUAUCUCUUUCCAUUUUUCCCAGAAAAAACAUUUACCCCUCUUACUAAAGCAUGAUAAAUAUAAAUCACAAGUAGAAUUGCCAUGAAACUCUAAUGCAAUAAUUGAUUUAUAUUAAAACCACAGACAAACAGACGUAACUCUUGGAAGAAAAAUCAACAAAAAUUAUCGUACCUCACAUUUAGCCUGAACGCUAGCACCAUCUAUGAUCGACAUCCCCAAAUAUCAAAUAGCAAUAUGGGUAUCCCUCGAAAUAGCAAGGGUUUUUUAUGGGGAAUUCUCCUUCUUUCGUCAAAAUGCGCCACUUUGACCGAAACGGAGACAUUCCUAACUAAGCCCACAUUUGAAAUGACGGUUCAAUCGGUACGAAGAAUGGAAAACGAGUGUUAUGUCUGUUUGUCUGUGUUAAAACCAUGGUGAUACCAACCCGGUAACAAUGUGACAGCUCUCAUACCAAUCAAACGUACCUAAAACUGCUGGUUCAUGGUUCACAAAAGAUGUUUGAAAGCGGCGUAAAACUCAUAGAAAGAGCUUAUCAUUUUUUUUGGCAAAGAAUCCCUUGUGGAUAUAAGAACUGAAUUGGUGUAUUAUUUCAAUAGAGCAUUUUACGAACUGAUAACAUUAUGUCAAGUUUCAAAACGUUUCCGUGGUAAGCAGCAUAAUUGGUUCUUCUGUCGUAAUAAAAUGCUAUAUUUGGUUCUGUCAUGUAA